AUGAUCUUCCUUAGAAGACACCAUGAUGAAAGUAUUAUUUAUGACUAUGCCAACAUAAGAGACCCUAAAGAGCUAUGGAAGUCUCUGAAAAAUCGUUUUGAUCAUCAGAAAGACAUAACACUUCCACUUGCGCGAGAUGGAUGGCAGAGUCCGAGAUUCCAAGAUUUCGACAAAGUGAUGAAUUACAAUUCUGUUGUGUUAGGAACUGUGACCAAAUUGAAAUACUGUGGUGAAACAAUCACCGAAUCUCAAAUGCUUGGGAAGACAUGCACCACAUUCCACAAGAGCCACAUCACCCUGCAACAACAGUACAUGUUGCGGGGAUAUACCAAAUUUUCUGAUUUGAUUGUAGCGCUUCUCAUAGCAGAAAAGAACAACGAGCUUCUGAUCAAGAAUCACAUGACUUGUCCAACUGGUUCUAAACCGUUUCCUGAAGCAAACGCAUUGGAUGCGAAGAAACCAGUCAAAGAAAAUAAGGCCUUUCGGGGUCGCGGUCAUGGUCGUCAAAACUACUGUGGACGUGGACGAAAGUACAAUCCACAAGAUAGGAAGUCAUUCCAGUGGGUCCGCUCUGAGCAAUCCCCUAAGGGAAAAGAACACCAAGGAAAUACCUCCCAGAAGCGAGAAGAAGCUUGUUUCAGAUGCGGUACUAAGGGAUAUUGGUCUCGUUUAUGUCGUACCCCUGCACACCUUUUUGCUCUAUACAAGGAGUCCGUCAAAGGGAAAGAAAAAGAAGUAAACUCUGUGGAACACUCUCAGGGAUACGUUUUUACAGUUGGAAGAACUGCUAUAUCAUGGCGCUCUCAGAAGCAAACACUAGUAGCUACUUCCUCCAACCAUGCUGAAACAAUUGCUCUCCACGAAGCUAGUAGAGAGUGUGUUUGA